UCCACUGGCCAAACCUCCUCUGACCGCACGAGCCAACAUCAGACCCCCGCGCGCCACAGCCAUGUAGGCACCUGUCUGGCGCAAUGUCUCCAAACAUUUGGAUUUCCUCCCCUCCAUCCUCUCAUGCUCCAUCCUAGCCUGUCUUUUGGUGGGAACGCGAUGUCCUGGAUGUAUUUUCUCCGGAGAUUGUAGAGUGGUGGGAAGCGCAGCUCGGUGAAACCAUGUGGAGAACGGACACGUCCCUCAGCGGGGAUACAGCAGGCAACAACCCACUUUAAUAUAAGGGGUUUAUUUACGUUUUUUUCUUUUUCUUUUUUUUUUUUUCUUGAACAAAACUACGUCGAUGAGGAAACAAAGAGAGAAGAGAUGGUAGAGAAUGGCCGCACCUGACCUUCUUGACCCAAAGUCUGCUGCCCACAACUCCAAACCUCGCCUGUCGUUCUCGACCAAACCUGUGGUGCUGAGCCCCCCCGAGGAUGAGGAGCGUGACAUCCGGACCACCGUCAUGAGGUGGAAAACAGUCUCAGCCAUCUUCUUCCUGGUGGUGCUGUACCUCAUCAUCGGGGCCACGGUGUUCAGCGCUCUGGAGCAGCCUCAUGAAAGUUCCCAGAAACUGGCCAUUCUUGCUGAAAAACUAGACUUUUUGGCCAUGCACGCCUGUGUAAACAACUCUGAGCUGGAGGAUCUGGUCAAGCAAGUGGUCUCAGCAGUCCGAGCAGGUGUGAACCCAUCAGGAAACUCAUCUAAUCAGACCAGCCUCUGGGACUUCAGUUCCUCCUUUUUCUUUGCUGGGACAGUUAUCACCACCAUCGGAUUUGGGAACAUUUCACCUCACACAGAAUUUGGGAGGAUCUUCUGCAUGAUCUAUGCUCUGCUGGGGAUUCCUCUUUUUGGGUUUUUAUUGGCCGGUGUUGGAGACCAGCUGGGGACCAUCUUUGGAAAAGGCAUCGCCAGAGUGGAGAAGAUGAUUGUAGUAAGCUCCUUUAUCAAUAAGUGGAAAGUCAGCCAGACACAGAUCCGUGUCAUCUCCACGCUGCUCUUCAUCCUGUUCGGGUGCCUCAUCUUCGUGGCUCUGCCAGCCGUCAUCUUCAAGCACAUCGAGGGCUGGAGCACGCUUGAGUCCAUCUACUUUGUCGUUAUCACACUCACAACCAUUGGCUUUGGAGAUUUUGUUGCUGGGGAGAAAGCUGGGGAAUCAGAAAGCCCAGUGUAUCUGGACUACUACAAGCCGGUGGUGUGGUUCUGGAUCCUGGUGGGACUGGCGUACUUCGCUGCUGUGCUCAGUAUGAUCGGAGAUUGGUUCCGUGUCAUCUCCCAGAAAACUAAAGAGGAGGUUGGGGAGUUUCGAGCUCAUGCAGCUGAGUGGACCGCCAACGUGUCAGCAGAGUUCAAAGAGACCCGGCGGCGGCUUAGUGUUGACAUCUAUGACAAGUUCCAGCGUGCCGCGUCCAUUAAACGCAAGCUGUCAUCUGAGCUGGGUAUCAACGCGUCCGUCAACCAGGAAAUGACUCCGGGCAAGAGGACGCUGUCGGUCAACCUGGGCGAGGAAAGAGAGACUUAUCCCAACUUGACUCUGUCCCUCAGUCCCACCUCAGGGACACUGAGCAGGAACGGCAGCCUGUACCUGAACGGCCUCAGCCCAGAGUACGCAGACCGCCGGGAGAUUCCUAUUAUUGAAAGUCUUAAUUAAGAAGCAUGAUUAAAAAGAAUAUUGUGGAUCCUUUUUGACCUAGAGGACAUAACCUACACAGACUGGCACACACACUUGUAUUUACUGACUGAAUAUCUGUGAAACAGUUCCUCUGUGCAUUCAACAUUUGGACUGGAGUGACUCAAACACAUGUCAUCCAUCAAGGUCCUCAGUGUUAUGUACACUCCUACAUGAAAAAAACUUUCAUUCUACAAGUCCGUCCAACCCCCUUUCUUAUGUCUGUGCCAACAUGAUCGACAACUGUGCAAGUGAUGGAGUCGAAUCAGAGAAAAACUCUGGGCUGAGACUGGAUUCUAUCAGAGGCAUGAGUUUAACAAACUUUUUUCAUACAGAGAAAGAAAACAAACAAAAAAAAGCCCAUAUUGAGGUAGCAACAUUCAGAAUAUCAGAAUAUUCAUACACGCUCAUAUGCCUGAAACACAAGCAUUCGUCAACCAUAGAAAGCAAUAGAUGUAUCUGUGCUUUUCUCCGGAGGCCUUGAAAUCUGCAUCAGAUAAAAAAGGAUCCUCUUCUCUAAAAAGCUGGCCAUCAACAAGAAACAUCACCUGCUGAUGAGGCAGCAUUUCUGUGCUUUCCAUAAUAGAGAAGUAUUUAAAGGAAUGUGUCUUUUUCUUUCAGUUUACAGGUCUUCAUGGAUCAAUACGCCUUGCAUUUGCUAGUAUUCUGCCCUCACUACAGAGACGAAUGUUUUUGUUCUUUCAUGACUGACUUUCAGCUUUCGCCCUAAGGAAUAAUCCACUUGUGCCUUACUGAAUCUACAACAAACAGACGCUGAUGCAUGUAAGAUUGAGCAACGCUGUGUUUGUCCACACAUACAUGUUACAUAUGAGCACAGUAGUGGUAGAAAAGCAGAGAGUAUGAAGAUGAUACAAAUGGAAGAAGAUGUGGACACUUUAUGUAUGGCAUGUGAGUGGUUCGGAAAAUGCCACCUUUCUGUCUGCAGAAUUUAGGCUCCUGUCAUUUUCUCAGAGAGUUACAUUAGAGACUCACAGAUCAUACCCCAUUAUCCCCACAUACCAAAGUAAUGAUCCUACUUUUCUGACAGUAGAUCAGAGAGAGAGAAAGAGAGAUAGCAGUCUUCAGUCUAAGAAAGGAUCAGAAGUGUUUGGUCUCAUUUCUAAGUCUUGUUUUGUCUUCAUUAGCUUUCAUUAGUCUUCUUCUGUGGUAUGUACAGUACUGUACUGGAGCAGUGAACCUCUGAGGCUGACAGGCAUUAUCUCUACCUUACUGCUGUUCAUGACGCUGCAACACUUACCUUCAGACAGGGGAUUUUUCCUCAGAUAAUGGUGAUGAGAUCAGUUUCAUCUUGCCUGUGGUGUGUGUACACAUUCAGAGCCCUCUAAAGUCUUUACAUUUCUGCAGCAACUACCUUUUCAAUAUUUUAUAAGUUGCAACACAAAGAAGGAUUCAGAUAAAAGCCUCUAUGUGGAUCAUUUGAUGUUGAUUAAUUCAUAAGAAAUAUGAUCAUUUCAGAUCUCAAAUUGGCCCAUUUUUAAAAAUACGGACAGUUUUUUAUGCCACUUAUACAAAUGCACUUGUGCAUUUGGAUGGAUGGAAGGCAGGUUCACAUUAUUGUGUCUUAUGUUAUUAUUCAAUGCUUUUAUCCAGCAAGAUAUGCUUAAAAUUCUCACCAUAAUUCAUAGUGCUAUUUACAGUUUGUAGCAUUACAGAAGACAUUUACACUUCAGAGUGUCUUGUUGUUUUCCUCUUUAUACAGUUGUCUGCUACACCAAAUGUUUGAUUUAUGAUCUGGAAAAUGUCUUGUGUUUGUAAGUCAUGACAUUUGUAAUUGUUACAGUGCAUUUCAGGGCACCUCAGCACUGAGGUGGUUUUACAAAUUUAACAUAUUUCUUAGCCAUACAAGUAGACAGUGUAAAUGAGUUACAGUUUUGCCUUUUUUUUGGGAAUGGAAAGAGAGAUGUUCUGCAUAAAUCAGUACUCACUCAAGAGUGAUUUAUGCAGUGUGUGAGUGACUGUACCAAGGCCAUCAGCUGUCAUGUGUAAUACAAGUCAAAGAGGAGUCACAAUAUGAUGGUGAAGAAAAUAGUAUGAAUAAGAAUAACUCUUUCAACCAAGUGGCUUUGGAAUAUAUCAUUAUAUUCUUGUUCUUAAAAGCAAUCACUAGCAACAAAACAGUUACUGUAUGUCUCGAUGACUUGCAAUACACUAAAAAGAUAGACUACUGGGACACUGAUGCUGAGCUGAGAGGCUGAGCAUUUGUGCAAUGACUCCAAGCAAAGCCACUGUAAGUCCUGUUGCUUUUUCCCAGUCAGUCAUGUGAUUGACAGCCACUGAGGGGAGCUGUCAGUGUGGAAGAAAAUCAAGGAGUGCUGUCGAUGAAGCAUUACAUAAUAUGUCAGGCCACAUAAGGCCACAUGUAUGGAAACGUGUUCAUGAAUGUCUUUACAUGUGCGUGCAUGCAUGAAUGUGGUCGUGUAUUGACUGUAUGCGUGGGUUUGUAAGAAGUCAUUUAGUUUCCACCCACACAAACCUUUUCACACAACAGCAUCUUGUCUUUUACCCAGGGUGACAGUUUUUAAUUAAGUCUGUGGCUUGCAUCAAAAUCCCAGCUCAAGCAUGUUGAAUGUAUCUAUUCAUUCAUGACGACAUAGAUGAGCCUCAUUAUGAAUGUAAGCACAUUCAUGAUUUAACAUAGUGUUUUAUGGAUGAAAGAGGAGUUUAAUUAGCUCAGUGGGUGUGCUGUUAAAAUAACAGCCCUCAUUUAUUACAAAAAAAAAAAAAAAAAAAAUGUGUUGCCAUAUAAACAUGGUUCUUUAACAAUCAUAGACAUAAUGAUCAUAAUGGUAGAUAGCAGUGUUACCAUAUGAUUUAAUAAAAUUAUAAUAAAAUGUGCAUCAGUGUUCAAGAUCCAUUUUUCAUGAAUCAAACUUUGGGCUAAAUUUGGUCGUCUGUUCAAAAUGUAUGCAUAAGCAUCUGCUGCUCAAAUUAGGCCCAUUCUGUCUUGCUGUGAGAAUUGAUUUUCUAAAUUCCAAAAUAAAUAAUUCUGCAAAAAGAUGCUAAUAUACUGUACAUGGAAAGGGUCAUGAACAUAAAUGCACAUUAAAAAAAAUCAACAGGUUUUGCAUGCUACUUUAAGUGUUACUUCCAGUGUUUAUAACUCAGAUGUGUCUAAAAUCCCAGACUUUGGUUUUAAUAACACUAUGACAACCAUGUGUUUACAGUAUUUUAAUGUGGGUAUGUCAUCUCAAGUCAUGACAAACUUUUCAAAGGUUUAGAAUAAAACAUUUAUAUGCAAAAAA